UGACAAACGACGCUCCCUUUGUGGUUGCAACAUUCUAUCGCAAUGUCUGGGUUAUGAGCAAUGAUGAAUGAGAAGCACAUAGAUGGUCUCAAUAGAUACAAGGGUAGAUCGGGUGUUGGGGAGAAAAAGUGGAAAUGGCGUUGUCUGGCUGAAUUCUCUCAGGUGCCGAUGCUCUUCAAGGUGUUGGCGAGGGUCUGCGCCCCAGGAUUGCGGGCUGUGGCGCCUGGGGUUGGCGGCAGCGUCUCAAGCGGCGCAUUGUGCUCGAUCGCCGCGUCGCCGUUGGUCUUGCUGCCGCCGGCGCUCUGAUAGUUGCACGAGUUCUUGGGCGCGGGGUCGACGCUGCCGAGCGUACAUUCGGCUUGCCUCUGAAACAGUUCGGACAGUGUGGCGAUCGUCCUGGGAACGUCCUCGUGCAUCAGCUCGGCGUCAAACACCGGACCAUGGAAACAUGACUCUGAGCCUAUCGGUAGCUGCACAAAGAAAACGGUCUAUGCGUGCUCCGUUUGCGCCGAACUUGACUUCGUACAAGCUAUGCUGCUUUACCACAUCCCGCGCCGCAUCAAGAGUGAAAGGCUGCGCGUGGCGGUACCUCCAUUACAGCCUUAAUCAUAACCCUCCGUGACGCCAGGCGGUCCGCUGCUGCGGCUUUCUUGACGACGACAUGAGCCUGCACUAUGGCAGCCUCAAGCGUCUCGGGGCUCAGUGACGACAGCUUACCCGUCGGGAACGCAAGCGGUGACGAGGUGA